CCAUCCUAUUCCCAGCAGCUAGCUGCGCGGCACACUUGCACUUCGUCGUCCCCAGCAAUCGAGAAUCUUUCGCAGAUCGACCGAUCCACCGGCCGGUGCAGCCAGCCCAAGUUAAUUCAGUGCUGCACCAGUAGCAUGAGCAUCUACCGCUAGCUUGAUAGCAACUAGCAACAUAACCAGCAAGGGCAGUGCGAUUCGCAGCACAACUAGAGAAUCGAGCUGAGAGGCUUGCCGGCCGGAGGCAGCGGCACACGUGCAGUACAUGGACGCCUUCGGCUGGAGCACGCAGCCUCCUGUGACGACCGUGCCGAGCUGCCCGACCGACGACGCCCUCCUCGCCGCCUUCCUGGGCGCGGGCAGCUUCGAGGAGCUCCACUCCGCCGGCGCCGGCGACGGCACCGUGUGCUCCGACGCCUACCACGGCGGCCUCGACCUGCCGUCGUGCCAGAGCGACCUCAGCCUCCUGCGGUGCCAGGACGGCGUGGCGCUUCCCGGCCACGGCGACGGCGACGCGUCGUCCAACGUCUUUCUCGACUCGGCGGGUUGUUUCCUCCCGGCUAUCGCCGGCGCGCAUGAUGGGCUCCAUGACAGGUUCGCGUUCGUCCCUGAUGAUCCCGCGCAGGCUGCCGGCUCCAACACCGCCUUCUCCGGGUACAGCACCACCACCGGAGGCGUCGGCGGUGGGAACGUCUCCUCCGGCGAGUCCAACACGUACGGCGGUGGCGGGCACGAUACGGAGGUUGCGUCGCCGCCAUGCGCCGUGUCGUCGCGGCGGGUGCAGCAGAUUAGUCAGGUGGCCCCGCCCCCAACGAAUGGGAACAAGAUGCCGGACAAGCUCCCGGCAGCGGCGGCGACGACGGUGGAGGGCAGAGAACGCUGGGGCACGAACCGAGCCGCCGCGCCGACGACCAGCAUCACGUUCGGGCACAGCGGCGGCCGGCGCGGGUACGAGCCGGACAAGGAGGCGAUAGCGCAGGUCAAGGAGAUGAUCUACCGCGCGGCGGCGAUGCGCCCCUUGCCCAGCUUGACCGACGCCACCGCCGGAGAGACGCCGCAUGAGCCGUCGUCGUCGAAGCCCCGGCGGCGCAAGAACGUGCGGAUAUCGAGCGACCCGCAGACGGUGGCGGCGCGGCUGCGGCGGGAGAAGGUGAGCGAGCGGCUGCGGGCGCUGCAGAGGCUGGUGCCGGGAGGGAGCAAGAUGGACACGGCGUCCAUGCUCGACGAGGCGGCCAGCUACCUCAAGUUCCUCAAGUCGCAGGUCGCGGCCCUGGAAAGCCUAGGCGGCGGGGGCGGCGCCGGCGGUGACGACGACGGCCGGUACUCGUCGGUGCAACGGUACACGGGAAGGAAUUUCAACCCUUCGGCCCGUGGCAUCGGCGGCGGCGGCAGCACCGUACUCUCCUUCGGGAGAGACGGCGUCGCUGGCUACGUGAGAUCCAGUAGGAACUGAACAUGCAGUUGUAACAAGAACACAAGUUGCUGUGUUGAUGUCACUGUGUGGUGACAUGAGAUCGAAGUAUAUCCAUCCAGAUGCCUCGAUCGAUCUGGCGUUUCAUGAAGGAUGGAUUGAUUGAUAGUAAAGUGUUCAGAUUUACCAUACGUUGACAGGAAUAAAAAUGUGUGAUUUGUACACUUAGGAAUUGAUGAAAAGCACUGUAACUUGCAAUCAUGGAUGAAUUCUAUCUAGGUAG